AUGGGAUCCCCUAUUCACAUCUCCUCUAAGGAGCAAUUCAACAAUCUCCUGACCUCCUCUACCUUCGUUGUCGCAGACUUUCAUGCCGAAUGGUGCGGACCAUGCCACGCGAUCGCUCCUGUCUACGAUCAGCUCUCCGCGCAGCUCUCGCGUCCGAACCGAAUCACCUUCACGAAGAUCGAUGUUGACAAGCAGCAAGAGAUCGCCAAGGCAUAUGGCGUUACAGCCAUGCCCACAUUCAUUGUAUUCGAGCGCGGCCGUCCAACGAACACCAUUCGCGGCGCAGACCCCACGAAACUAAACCAAGUGAUCCGGAAGCUUGCCAACGAAGCCAGCAAGAGCGAAGCCUCGGCCGACUCUGCUCAGGGCUCCUCUUCUGGCGGCACCUGGGUCGGAGCCGCAGUUCCCAAAGGCUACAGCGACAUCACGGAAGAAUAUGACGUGAGGGGACUCGAACUGCUGAACCGAGACAGCGAGUUCGGCGUGGCCAGGACACUAUUUGAGUCGUCGAAGCCCUCUGCGCUUGGAAACGGCAAGGGCAAGGAUGGUGCAGCGGACUGGAUCGAGAGCGACACUGAUGAGCAGUUGAUGCUCUUCAUCCCGUUCAAGUCUACACUCAAGGUCCACUCGCUCCAUAUCACGUCUCUUCCGCCAGCCGAGGGAGAGGAUGACGAUGAGAUUCCGAUGCGGCCGCGGACGAUUCACCUGUACACGAAUCGGUCGCAUGUGCUUGGUUUCGAUGAGGCGGAUGACAUUCCUCCUGUGCAGACGGUGACGAUCGAAUCUGGCGACUGGGAUUCAAAGACCGGCACGGCCAAAAUUGAUCUUCGGUUCGUGAAGUUCCAGAACGUCUUCUCGCUGAACAUCUUCGUUGUGGAAGGUGACGGCGACGGCGAGAAGACGCGCAUCGACAGAAUCCGCAUCUUUGGAGAGGCCGGCGAGAAGCGAGAGAUGGGCAAGCUGGAGAAAAUCGGUGACGAGCAGGGCGAAUAG